AUGGUGGUAAGUGCUCCGACGCAAGAGGUAGCAAGCAGCCCAGACCGGACGACGGAUGGGUUUGGUCGCCUCACGCACUAUGCCUUUGAUGCGGUCCUGAUCUCCGCCUUCCUCGCUGGAAUCAAACGGUCAACCGGUCUCACGACCCUUGCGCACAGCCCUAGUCUAAACUCCGACAAAAUCUCCGAUAGCAAGGAUAUCAAGAAAUGGGUCGAGAGCUAUCUCGGGGUUGGCGAAUGGGUUAUGGACCAGUCCGUUGCCGUCUUGGGCUCGACUUCGUACUUUGAGCGACGACGUUGA